ACACAGCAGACAGUAGACCACCACGCGAUCCAUUUCCAGUUUUUCUUCCAUGGUCACACCUAGCUUAAAAGAGGGUACAAUCCAUGCUGCACAACAUGUCGAAACUCACCCAACGCAGUUGUGGAUUAGUGAGGAUUAUUCAAUUAAACCGGGGAUUAGCAAGACUUGCUCAACCUUCCACGAAAUUGGGGACUAACUGCCAACCUAGAAUGGUCCACGGUUCUGGGCGAUUCUUCCAGCCAACCCGGAGACUGUCGAGCCAAACAGUGCGUUUUAAAAAGAUGCCAGUUGAUUACCCUAUGGUUACUGGAUCUGAACACUGGAGACGUAAAAUACGAACUGUAUUUAAGGGUUUGGACGCCAACUCUGAUGGGUACGUUACCAAAGAAGACUGGAUGGAAAACGGAAGGCGGGCAGCAGAAUAUUUGAAUUUAAAUGACGAGCAAACUGAGCGCUUAUUAAACCAACGCCUUGACAUGUGGGGACUCAUGUCUAUCGAUUUAAAAGGGAACAAAACAGAUAAGAUAUCGGAGGAGGAAUAUAUACAAAAACUUUUGUCAGUCAUCAACGAGAAAAGCAUCCGGGAGGAGGGCUACAAGAGAUUCAUCGCCGUCGAUUUUAACGCCAUGGAUGUCGAUGGCGAUGGUCGCGUAUCAAAGGAAGAACACGCGUCUUUCUUCUACAGCAUACACGCCCCCGUUGAAGAGUCCAAACGCGUCUUCGAAGUGAUGGACGCCGACAAAGAUGGCUUCAUAUCGUUCGAAGAGUUUGCACAUGGUUAUAACGAAUUUUUUUUAACUGAAGAGACUGAUAACGUCUAUAACGCGUACCACGGUCCACUUGUGGAUUAGGCGCUCGUAAGACAGCGGCUAGCUUGUCUGUUAUAUUUAUGCACCGCCGAUUUAAGUGUAUAUUAUCACAAUGUUUAUUUUAUGCUUAAACAAAGACCCCGUUCCCAUAUCUAUAUCCAUCUCGCAGGA